AUGAGGGUUCCAACCAUUCUGCUCGCAUUGCUAGCGACCGCUAGGGCCGAGGAUGUGCUUCAAGACAUAUCUCUCCAUCCUACCGAGCUUGUGUUGGAUGAAGAGCCCCCAUUAUUCAUACCACUGGAUGCUCAACAUGACUGGGUCUACCCCGAGACUUUACCACCCAUGCCUCAGUGCAUCGCUGAGCAGGACCAGGCAGCAUGGUUGAAUGCCAUGACAAGAUGCACAAGGAAGCAAUGCAUGCGGCACUUUGGAGUAAUCUGUACCCGCCACCAAUGGCGCACUCAGCUUAGCUGUCUCAACACCGAGAUUUCCCCUCAACUUCUUGAACAGUACAUCGAUUCCUGUAGCCGUUCGGUUCUGAAAAAGGCACAACUGUACCAGUGGAUCCGCGCAACGACGGAUCGUACAUGGCUUAUUGAGGUCGGCGAUGCCAAUGGAUUACAGUGGCUCUCUCCAGCCUCGCUGACCAAAGGAUAUGCGGCUGUUCGUAUCAUAGACAAAGCGCCGGCAUGUCUGACCGAAUCGGUAUCCGCUUCGUCAAUGGAGUCGUUUAGACAAGUCAUGGCAUCCUGUGGCUUCGAGGCUACUACUAGACAUACGGGCAAUGUUAAACGUCCAUGGGAGUAUCAUGAACGUGAGCAUUCAAUGGUCGCUCUAGAUACUGAAGUUGCCGGGUACGACCUAACACAUGCCACUAUCCCGGACAAUCUUUAUUUCGACAAGCAGUGUUUCUGCAAGGCAUUUGAUGCAAGACUUGCAGAAGGCGAUUGUGCAGGGCCUGGAGUAGACUUAACGAGGCAACGGUUAUGGAUGCAUGCUACUUGCGGACCUGCGUCGCUUCCCCCCAACUGGAGGCAGGGACUCAAAACCACUCCUUACGAUUACAUUCCUGCGGAAAGGUGGAAGUGGCCCCAGUGCUUCGAUUCCAUGCCAGAUAACGUGAUGCGGCUCAAGGGCCAAUGCACGACUAAUGCUUGUAGAAUCGGCUUCGACGGCUACUGCUAUGUUCAGCGUGCAGUGGAGAGAUCAUGUUUCUGCCGUAACAUCAGCUACGACACAUGCAAAGGAUCCUGCCACGACUUCGACAACCGGAUCGACUAUGUACACUGGCUCCACGAUUUAUGCGGCGCUGAAGAAAACUGGCAUGGUUUACCAGAGGACUGGUAUCGAAUGCCUCGGGUCACUCGUCGCGAGGCGAUUCCAUGGACAUGGUACAAAGACUCAUUCAGUCGUUCAAACAACAGCCCAGGCGAAACCAACCCAUCAGCCCCCGAACAAGCAUGUGCCUCCAUCGAAUGGAAACAAAUGAGCCUCCUCCUCAUCAACCUCGCCGCCGUCUUCCCCGCCAUCUUCACCUCAUCCUCCAACGCACCCACAACCCCCCUAUCCAGCCUCCUCUGGCUCCCCCGCGGCAUUGCCGUAGCAGCAUUUUACCUCCUUGCCAACGCCAUCAACGCCAUGCUCAUCCAAUCAACCCCUUCUUACGGCGAAACUCCCAUGGUCGAACUCGCCCUCCUCUGGUGCACCCUCCCACGCCUAACCUGGCUCCCCGUCCUCCUCGCCCUCUCCACCGGCUCCACCUCCGCCGUGCUAACUAGCCUCGUCUCCGAAACCCUUUUGCAACUUCUCUCUCUACCCACUAUGCUAUCAACAGUGUCCUACGGCUUCGAACACGAUUUCUAUAAUUCGGCUUCACCGCCGUUACUCAACUUGCCGGCCGCAACGUACAUGUACACUGGAGCCCGAAUGUGGGUCAUUGCAGGAAUUCUGUCUUUAGUCGCCUUCUUAGUCGUCCUUGUCAGCAUGAGCAUGCCAGCAGGUGGGGCUGGUCGCUGGAGCGACACACGAACGACCCACUCCAGAUACCAGGGGCGUGAUUCGGAACAUACGCCGUUGGUGCAGAACAAGGGGUAUGGACAUAGGGGGUAUGGGACGGGGUCGACGCAGAGUCCAAGAGGAUACGGGAUGAAGUGGAGUAUGAUUUGGGCCACGCUGGUCGUACUCUUUUGUAUGCUUUUGCUGUGGAUUGCACAGUGGGUGUUUUGGAUUGGAUUCGUGGGCAUUUCGGAUGAGGAGUUUUGUACACCACAACUUGGAUUCUCGACUUUGACAUGGAUUGCUUCUUCCAUUGCUGCGGCUUUUGGUAUUGUAAAGGCAUGA